AUCAGGUUUGGUUCCAAGAACCCAAUCAUCGAGUUCAAUUUUUCUCUUCUUAAUUUUCUACGCAAACGUUCUGUCUUACAUCUCCACUUUCUACUGCUUUCUCAUGCAAGGAAGAACCUUCCUAAAAUUCAUGCAAAUUGAAUGAAAUUCAAUAAGAAAAGUUCAUCAUUCCCUGUGCGAUCGUCCAUUUCUUCUACGAGAGACGGCCAUCGGAAGUAGCCGCACUGACAAGCAUAACGAUGGGUAGACAUUUCAAACUUUUCUAUAAAGCCAAGUAUCUUGUAAUCGGCACCACUGGGGCCGCAACGAGCGCCGCCGCUGUCGCCGCCGUGCAGUCCCCAAACUCCAAUUUUGUUGAACAUUUCAUAGAUAAUGUUGAGGCAGGAUUCAACGGCGUCCUUCGCUCCUCUCGCGCUAUCUUCACUAUUGCUUCUAAUGUUAUUGACUACCAGUAUUCUCUACAUGGGUUGCCCCCAUAUUCAGACGAGUAUAGCUGUAAAUUAUCUGAGGUUCAUUUGCGAUCGGCCAAGAGAAUUUUGAAAUUAUGUGAAGCCAAUAAGGGUUUCUAUGUAAAAGCUGGUCAGUUUGUUGCAGCACUGCGACAAGUUCCAAGAGAGUACUCAUCAACUCUUUCCUCAUUACAAGAUCAGGCAAUUCCCUGUCAUUUCAAAGCUAUAAAAGAAGUACUGAUCAGUAAUUUGGGACAAGAUUUAUCUGAUAUAUUUUUGUCAUUUGACGAACAACCAAUUGCUGCUGCUUCCAUAGCUCAAGUACAUCGUGGGUUGUUACAAGAUCAGCAAGAAGUUGCAAUUAAGGUUCAGUACCCCGGGUUAGAGCAGCAGAUGAAGUUAGACACAACAAUAAUGUCUUUCCUCUCAAAAUCAGUCGCAUGGCUUUUUCCUGAAUGCAGGUUUGAGUGGGUGGUUUCUGAAUUCGCAAAAGCAAUUUCUUUGGAACUUGAUUUUGUUCAGGAGGCCAAAAAUUCUGAGAGGACAGCAAAAAAUUUUAUUGACAAUAAUUUGAUCCGGGUUCCUCUUGUUGUAUGGGAUUUAACCACAAAGCAGGUUUUAACAAUGCAGUUUUGUAAGGGGCAUAAGGUUGAUGAUUUAAGAACCUUGAAGGAAAUGGGCAUAAAUCCAAUACAGGUUGCUAAAGCAUUAAUGGAAGUUUUUGCGGAAAUGAUAUUUGUCCAUGGCUUCCUACAUGGUGAUCCGCAUCCAGGCAAUAUAUUAGUUUCUCCAGAAGGUCAGCAUGGCUUUACUUUAGUUAUCCUUGAUCAUGGAAUCUACAAACAACUAGAUGAAGGAUUCAGACUGGACUAUUGUAGGCUCUGGAAUGCUAUGAUUCUUUUGGACACGAGCAAAAUACAACAUGUAGGUGAACAAUUUGGUGCUGGCAAGUACUCCAGAUACUUUCCUCUGAUAUUCACUGGAAGAGCAAUUGACAGGAUACAUUAUGACAGCAAAUCAACUAUUGGGAGAGGAAUGUCAGUUGAAGAGAAGAGGAACCUAAAGAAGGAAUUGAAGUCCCUCAAGAUGGAAGACUUAUCUUUAUUUAUGGAGUCUCUGCCACCAGACUUACUCACAAUAUUACGUACAGAUGGGCUGCUGAGAUCUGUUAUUGCCAAGCUAGGCGCUCCACAGAGGGUCCGUCUGCUAGCCUAUGCCAAAUAUGCUUUAUAUGGUCUCUCUCCAAAGUCGCAUCCAGAAUCUGAUUUUACAGUAAAAGUUGUGUUCUUCUCAUUGAAGAGGGACAUGAAUUACCUCGGAUUGAGAGUGCUUCUAGAGGUACUAGAGCUGCUUUCUUGGAUGGAAGAGUGCAGGAAUAUAUUAUAUAGAAGGCUUAAACGGAUGUUUGUCUCUGCUGCUCAUUUUUUUGUCCAUUUACCUUUUUCUGCAGUGAGUCUUAAGUAGGUGCUACCGUGAUUACCUAAGUGUACCAGGUAUUAUUUUUCAGGCCCAAUAUAUUUUCUCCCUCACUAUACAUCCCAUUAAAUUUUGGGACUUUUACUGAUGGUUUUUAGUCAAAUCUUGAAAGAUGUGAGAGACUGUAUGGAAUGGAAUGAAAGUGCAUUAUCUCCUAUUGUAUUGUAUAGUCUAGGCUUAGGAGAAAGAAGAGGGGGAGGUGUAUCGGGAUUUGGCAGUUGCCCCCUCAACCAUUCUCAAACUGGCUUCUAAAUUAUUGUGGGUUAUUGUCGUGGAUUUUUACUUAAUUUGGCCCCUUUUAGUAAAAUAAAGUUAUAAUUUGCCCUAA